AUGGCCACGACAAAGUCACCGACGAAGCGCGCCGAGGACGCGGCCGCGGCCCACGAGUCGGAUGUGGAGUCGUACUCGGACGAUGGCAAUGCUUCCGGUGUCGAGGACGACGAAGAUGCUGCCGGCGCCUUGCAAGCCAUCGCCGCCAAGGAAGAAGAGGAAGAAGCGCUGUCGCCGGAAGAGAAGGCCGCCCGCGAUGCACUCCUCCUCGAGGAAGAAGAAGCCUUCCGCAAGCAAAAGGAGACCCAGCUCAAGUCGCUGCAGGCGCUGCGCGAAGCCGAAGAAGAAGCCGACGCCGAGGCCCAGAAGAACAUCCGCCCCACGGACAAGCGACUUCAAUUCCUCAUGGCGCAGUCGGAUGUCUUUACGUCGUUCUUGAUGGGCGGGACGUCGGCCGUGGGGAAAGCCAUGACCAAGAAGCGCGGGGAGACAAAGAAGCAAGAAGGCGAGAACCGCCGGUCGGGCAAGAAGGCGGAUGACUCGGCCGAAGAUCAAGCGCUGCUCGCGAUGGAGGAGUCGCGCUUCACGCGCCUCGACAAGCAGCCAUCGAACAUCGCCUUUGGCACGAUGAAGCCGUACCAGCUCGAAGGUCUUAACUGGAUGAUCCGUCUCCACGACUGCGGUGUCAACGGGAUUCUGGCCGACGAAAUGGGUCUGGGCAAGACGCUGCAGUCCAUCUCGCUCCUCGCGUACCUGCGUGAAGCCCGCGCCAUCAAGGGUCCGCACAUGAUCAUUGUGCCCAAGUCGACCGUCGGCAACUGGAUGCGCGAGCUCAACCGGUGGUGCCCGUCCAUCCGCGCGUUCAAGUUUAUGGGCGACAAGGAGCAGCGCAACGUGCUGCGCGAGACGAUGAAGACGACCAAGUUUGACGCGUGCGUGCUCUCGUACGAAGUUGCGAUCAUCGAGAAGGCGACGCUGAAGCGGUACAAGUGGAAGUACAUGCUCAUUGACGAAGCCCAUCGCAUCAAGAACGAAAACUCCAAGCUCUCGACGGUCGUGCGUGAGUUUGACGUCGAGCACCGCCUCCUCAUCACGGGCACACCGCUCCAGAACAACCUCCACGAGCUCUGGGCGCUCCUCAACUUUCUUCUCCCAGGCCAGGAAAAUGUCAUCAAGAAGCUGCACACGGUGCUGCGGCCGUUCCUCCUCCGGCGCCUCAAGUCGGACGUGGAGCACUCGCUGCCGCCCAAGAUUGAAACCAAGCUCUACGUCGGCCUCUCGGAGAUGCAGCGCGAGUGGUACACGCGCGUCUUGCACCGCGACGCGACGCACCUCAACUCGAUUGGCGGCUCGGACCGCGUCCGCCUCCUCAACAUCCUCAUGCAGCUCCGCAAGGUGACCAACCACCCGUACCUCUUUGACGGCGCCGAGCCGGGCCCGCCGUACAAGGAAGGGCCGCACCUCUGGGAGAACUGCGGCAAGAUGACGCUGCUGCACAAGCUGCUGCCGCGCCUCAAGGCCCAAGGCUCGCGCGUGCUCAUCUUUUGCCAAAUGACGUCGAUGCUCAACAUUCUGGAAGACUACAUGCGCUACAACGACCACGAGUACUGCCGCCUCGACGGCAGCACGCAGGGCGAGCUCCGCGACGAGUACAUGGACGUGUUCAACGCGCCCAACUCGACCAAGUUUGUGUUCCUCCUCAGCACGCGCGCGGGCGGUCUCGGCAUCAACUUGGCGACGGCCGAUAUUGUGAUUCUCUUCGACUCGGACUGGAACCCGCAAGUGGAUCUGCAAGCGAUGGACCGCGCGCACCGCAUUGGCCAGACCAAGCUCGUCCGCGUCUUCCGCUUCGUGACGGACGGGACCGUCGAAGAAAAGAUCAUUGAGCGCGCCGAGCGCAAGCUCUACUUGGACGCAGCGAUCAUCCAGCAAGGCCGCCUCGCGCAGCAGAACCGGAAGCUCUCAAAGGACGAGCUCAUGACCAUGGUGCGCUUUGGCGCCGACGAAAUCUUCAACGCCAAGGGCUCGAUGAUCACGGACGACGACAUUGACGCGAUCUUGGCGAAGGGCGAAGAGCGCACGGAGGCCAUGAAGGCCAAGGUCGUCGACGACAUGCAGCACAACCUCGCCAACUUUAGUCUGACGAGCGUCUCGAGCCUGUACGACUUUGAAGGCGAAAACUUUGCGAAGGACGCGGCCGAGUCGGGCUCCGUGCUGCCCUCGACGUUCAUUGCACUCCCCGCACGCGAGCGCAAGAAGAACUACGACGUGGACGAGUACUACCGCCAACAAACGGGCCAGACCAAGCCGAAGAAGACCAAGAAGCCCGACGAAGAGAACAAGCCCAAGGUGCCGCGCAUGACGGCGCUGCUCCAGAAGCGCUACGACGUCGAGUUUGCGCGCAAGGAGCACAUGAAGCUCAUCAAGGAAGCCAAGGCGGACGAGCAAAAGCAAAAGCUCGAGGGCGACGACCUCAAGUCCAAGCAGCUCGAGGCCGAGCUCGAGAAUAUGGUCAUGGACGCUGCCGACGUGGCCGAGCUCGAGGCGCUCGAAGCCGACGGGUUUGGCGACUGGAGCCGACGCGACCUCAAGCAGUUUGUCGCGAGCUGCGAGCGCUUUGGCCGCAGCGACAAGGACGCAGUGUGUCUGGACGUGGCGACGCUGCUUGUCAAGGACGUGGCGCGCGUCGCCGAGUACUAUGACGUGUUUUGGGCGCGCGGGACCGAGCUCGAAGAGUACCAAAAGUACAUGGACCGUAUCGAGCGAGGCGAGAAGCGCAUCCAGCGCAACCUCGCCAUCAAGGAAGCCCUCGCCUCCAAGGUGGCCCGGUACAAGAACCCGUGGCGUGACAUGAAGCUCACGUACCCCGGCGGAUACAAGAGCAAGGGCUUCACGAUGGACGAGGACGUCUUCUUGAUUUGCAUGAUGCACAAGCACGGCGUCGGCGGCGACUGGGUCGCGAUCAAAGAGGACAUUCGCAAGGCGUGGCAGUUCCGCUUUGACUGGUUCUUCAAGUCGCGCACGAUUCUAGAGCUCCAGAAGCGCGGCGAGUUCCUCACCAAGCUCAUUGAGAAGGAGAACGAGGAGCUCGGUACCAAGGUGGUGGCCGAAGAAGAGCAUUUGGCGACAAAGGCCAAGCCGUCGAGCAGCAGCUCUGGCAGUUCCAGCAAGAAGCGCGCGUCGUCGUCGACGUCGUCGAGCUCCAAGCGGAAACGAACCUCGUAG